GAGAAUCAGAAUCCGCGCUUAUCCAAUGGCUGGGCAGCUCCCGCGCUAACAUGGUAGAGGCCGUCCAAGCGCUCCACAGCGUCCCAUCCAGCGCCACACCACGCCAUGAGUCGGCAGGCACACCUACACGCAGUAUAUCACCUGAGCUGUAUCUGCUGAGGAAAGUGCUGGUCUACGGCAACUUGGACUUGGCACAUGACGACAUACAGGCGACGUACGCUCUGAGGGCGUUUGUGUCUGCGCUUUUGGCGGAAACGCACGUAGCGGGGUUGGCCGCGGAGGCGGUGCAGCUGCAGUACGAAACACUGGAGGGUUUAUACACUCAGCAGGGCGCCAUGACCCCUCUAGACGAUACCACGCUUCAUCCGGUGACUGAGCUGGAGCUGUGCAUCGGCGCGGUGCAACAGGUGAUCAGUGUGUUGGCCGACAUAGUCUUCUCAGCCACCGCGUUCAUGGUGCACAACGGCGCCGCCAACGCGUACAGGAGCUUCAACGCGCGCUUCAUCGCGUGUGUGCAGCGGUCCCACGACUUCCACAGGUCACUCAGCACGCCGCGUGACGAAGACAUACACAUGUACACCACACCCAACCCACCCGCACAGGCCCAGGCACCCAGCCAAGCAACGGGGCCAGCUGAGCGCGCGCACCCCACAGCCACGCACGACCACGCGGCUCUGGCCACGCUGAUUUCGGCGUGCGUGUUGUUGCUGUGCGACGCACGCGGCGUGAUCCGCCAAGCGUUCACCGACGGCAUGCACCUGGGCACACUGUCGGCGGAAUCGCAGGGGAUGUCUGACCACGCGGGUGCGCCUGUGGUGGAUGACGAGGGGUCUUUCAAGGCCCUUAUAAAGGCCCUGCGGCUGGUGCAUGUGCGUGCACGCGUGUCGCCUGCGGAUCUGCACGCGGUGAUGGGACUGAUGAGCACGUGCGUGCUGUCCUCGCGCCGGUUCUAUGCGAUUGCAUCGGUUAAUGACACGCUGCUGCGCUCAGAUGAAAUGGAAGUGCAAGAAGAGUGUAUAGUUGUGCUGUCGCAGCUGGUGGCAUCGAUGUCGGAGGUUGUGCAGAGUGCGACUACUGAGAUCACCUGUGCCAUCCAAGUAUGU